AUGCUUAUUUUUCUUAUUAUUUUUCUUUUAUUAAUUAAUAUAACAAAUGGAAUUAUUGAAAAUUCAACUAAUAUUAUAUUAUAUAAUCAUUCAUUAUCAUUAGAAAAAUUUUUAUAUCAACAAUAUGAUAAUCGUCAAAUAAAAUUAAAUCAUACAAUAAAUCAUUAUCGUCCAUGGAAAAAAUCAAAUUCUAUUGAAGUAUUAAAAAAAAUUAUGGCUACACAUCGACAACGUUCAUUAAUUAAUAAUCGUACAUUAAUAACUACUAAUAUUACAACUAUAACAACUACACCAUAUACAACAACAAUAAGAGAUUUAUUAAUAACAUCAUCAUUUUUUGUACGUGUUAAAUCAAAAAUUCAAUCAACAAAUCUUACAACAGAAUUAUUAACAACAUAUUUAACUACAGAUGCUGCAACAUCAUCUAAUAUUGAAUAUAUUUCAACAACAAAUGAUUUAAUUCCUUUAUUAUAUUCAUCAACAACAUUAAAAAUAAAUACAUCAUCAUCAUCAUCAAAUGCAACUAUAUUUGUUAUUAUACUUGUUUGUAGUUUUAGUGGUUUUAUUUUUCUUGCACUUAUUUUUACAUUCCUACUCAGACGACGUAUAAGUAUUGCUUAUUUUAAAUUACCUUGUAUACAUUCGUCAUCGGAAGCAAAAGAUUCUCGAGACAAUACACCAUUAUCCCAUUCACCGAUUCAUGGUAAAUUUACUAUACCGGAAGAAUUUCCAGUAGAAAGAUUAUAUGAUAUUUAUAUGCAAAAACAUGCUUUGGAUGAUUUAGCUUUUGCUAUUGAAUUUAAAAGUAUUCCCAAUUUUGAAGAAUUACCAUGUACAGCUGCAACUCGAGCAAUUGUUUCAUCAAAAAAUCGUUUUCUUAAUAUUUUACCUAUUGAUGCUACACGAGUUAUUCUUAGUCUAUUAAAUGAUGAUCCAUCUACAGAUUAUAUCAAUGGCAAUUAUAUUUCGGGUUAUAAAUGUCCAAAUAAAUUUAUUGCAACACAAGGUCCAAAACCAGAUACAUGUGAAGAUUUAUGGCGUAUGAUAUGGGAACUUAAAAUAAAAUCAAUUGUUAUGUUAACAAAUGUUAUUGAAGGUGCUUCUCGUAUGACAAAAUGUCAUCAAUAUUGGCCUGAACUUGGUCAAACAAUAACUUAUGGUUCAUAUUGUAUAACUUGUAUUGAUAUUAUUUCAAUAGGUGAUUAUGAUAAACGUUAUUUUCAAUUAGCUAAAAUAAAUACUACUGGUGAUAUAUCCUCACCAUCAUCAUCAUCAAUUAUUCCAAUUGAUGAUGCUGUAUCUUUAUCAACAAUAAGUUCAAUUCAUGAUGAACAACAAUCACGUCUUAUUAUACAAUAUCAUUAUACACAAUGGAAAGAUAUGGAUGUUCCAAGUGAUUCUCAUACAUUACUUCAUUUAAUACAUGAAGUCAAUGAACAAACAAAUUCUGAACAAUAUCCUAUUGUUGUUCAUUGCACAGCUGGAGUUGGUCGUACAGGUACAUAUAUUGCAAUAGAUGCAAUGAUUGAUAAAAUAAAACAAGAAGGAAAAAUUGAUAUUUAUAAUUUUGUAUUACAAAUGCGUCGUGAACGUAGUCUAAUGGUACAAACAGUGAGACAAUAUGUAUUUAUAUAUCGAUCAUUAUUAGAAUAUUAUCUAUAUGGUAAUACAAGAAUUGAAGCAAAUAAAUUUCGAUCAACAUAUACAAAUUUAAAAAAAAAUAAACAAAAUUUAUUAAUUUUAGAAUAUAAUAAAUUAUUAUUAUUACCUGUUGAAAAUGUAUCACAACGUGAUGCAUAUUUAUCGGAUAAUAUUGAUAGAAAUCGUCAUCCACAAAUAGUACCUUAUGAUCGUAAUCGUGUUUGUUUAAGUCGUAUACUCGGACAUCCAUAUAUUAAUGCAUCAUUUGUUGAAGGUUAUUCUCAUGAUUGUUCUUUUAUAAUAACUCAAGAUCCAUUAUCUGAAACUAUUCAUGAAUUUUGGCGAAUGUUUAUUGAACAUGAUUCAAAUUGUAUUGUACAAUUACAUACAAUAAAUGAUUCAUCUCCUAAAUGUCCAAUUUAUUAUCCGAAUGAUUUUGAUACAACAAUGAAAAUAGGUUCAACAACAUUAUUAAAAUUAAUACAAAAAGAAUUAAUACAAGAAAAAAUGAUAAUUAGAGAAUUUUGUUUAACAGAUACACGUGAAGCAUUAUCAAAAACAAUAUAUCAUUUUGAAUAUCUUCUUCCUAUAAGUACAAAUGAUGAAUUUGAGAAUGGACAAUGUUUUCCAAGUAUUUUAACAAAUAGUUUAUUUGAUUUUAUUGGUUAUAUUAAUAAACGACAACAUACAACUAAUCAUGAUCGAUAUAUUACUGUUCAUUGUGGAAAUGGUGGUCCAUCUUGUUCAAUAUUUUGUAUGUGUGUUAUAUUAUUGGAUCAAUUAAAAAAUGAACAUGCUGUUGAUAUAUUUCAACGUGUACGUGCCUUACAACGACAACGUAUUGCUAUGAUAACAUCUCUAACACAAUAUGAAUAUCUUUAUGAAAUGAUAUUAAAAUUUUUGGAAGAAUCUUUUGAUCUUGCUGCAUCUAAAUCUUCUCCGUCAUUAAACAACAGUGUAUAUGAUAAUAAUAUGAUUGAUCAAGAAGAUAUUCAUGAUCGUCUUUAA